ACCACCAGGUGUAAAGGUGUGCCAUAACGUCGGCAAAGACAAGUUUUCUCGCGAGACUUUCUUUGUCUUGCUGGACCAAAUAGCAUCUAAUAGUACCGCGAAGAGGGCCAAAUUUAGCCGCUACCCCCACUCUUAUCCUGGGACGCUGUGUGCAGUCUAUGGUUCACAUCUCAGGACACGAAUAACUUGUUGGCCCCAACGGUCCGCUCCUUUUGAAGUUUCUGCCAGGCCUAGACGGGCGAAGACGAUAGUGGAGCAACAAGCAAGGACAGUGGGAUUGUUAGCUUGAAUGGCUAGCACGGAUACCUAGCGAAAGCAUCAACGUCAUUAUUGGUAUGGAAUGUGGUGAUGGCUGUGGUCCAACCUUUGCUUGUGUAACUAGCUAUCUACAGUUGGCUGUGUUGAUUCAUUAUUUACCCCAACUUGACGGUAAAGUGAUUAAUUUAACAUACGUGUCUUACUAGCUAGCUAAUUAUUUGUUUCGAUAAUGUUAGCUUGCUAGUCAGUUUAUUGCUAACGUUAGCUAUUGCCUCCUGUGACUGACUGACUGACAAUAGCUAACUAGUCAUAGCUAACAUAUCCAGCCAUCUACCGUUAGUUAGCUAGUCUGGUCUAAAAUACAUAGUUAACUAGCCACUUCAUUGUCACCCCUGUUGAUUCGAUAGAUACACAGGCUAGUUUGAGAGCUAAUUGGCUAGGCAGGCCUGGAACAUUUUGGAUCUGCCAACAACAUUCAGUCACUCUUCUGGCGACACAGCAAGUUGAGGUCAAGAGACUCAACGCUGGUAUCUAGCAAGUUAUUCUCUAAAACGAAACAUGGCCCCCAAAAAAAGACCAGUGCGCCUUAACAUCACUCCCACUGCUGGUGAGGGAGGAUUGUCCACCUCCACAACCAUCGCAGCUGCCUCUGAUGCUAACUUGGAAGCCCUACAGAAGAAGUUGGAGGAGUUGGAUCUGGACGAGCAGCAGAAGAAGCGCCUGGAGAAUUUCCUUACCCAGAAGGCCAAGGUGGGCGAACUGAAAGACGAUGACUUCCACCGCAUUUGUGAGUUGGGUGUCGGCAACGGAGGCGUGGUCAACAAGGUGUGCCACAAACCCUCAGGCCUCGUCAUGGCCAGAAAGCUGAUCCAUCUGGAGAUCAAGCCAGCCAUCAGGAACCAGAUCAUCAGAGAGCUACAGUUGCUACAUGAGUGUAAUUCUCCCUACAUCGUUAGUUUCUACGGGUCCUUCUACAGCGAUGGAGAGAUCAGCAUCUGCAUGGAACACAUGGAUGGGGGCUCUCUGGACCAGGUGCUGAAGGAGGCCAGGAGGAUCCCUGAGGAGAUCCUGGGGAAAGUCAGCAUCGCUGUUCUAAGAGGGUUAGCGUAUCUACGAGAGAAACACCAGAUCAUGCACAGAGACGUAAAGCCCUCUAAUAUCCUGGUCAACUCUCGUGGGGAGAUCAAGCUCUGUGACUUCGGGGUGAGCGGCCAGCUGAUAGACUCCAUGGCCAACUCCUUCGUGGGAACACGUUCCUACAUGUCGCCGGAGAGAUUGCAGGGCACCCACUACUCUGUCCAGUCUGAUGUGUGGAGCAUGGGGCUUUCUCUGGUGGAGCUGUCUAUCGGCCGGUAUCCCAUCCCCCCGCCUGACGCCAAGGAGCUGGAGGCCAUCUUUGGCCGACCCAUCAUGGACGGGACCGAGGGAGAAAUGCACAGCAGCACCUCUCCCCGACCCAGACCCCCCGGGGGCAGACCUGCCAGCGGCCACGGUCCUGCGAUGGCCAUCUUUGAGCUGCUGGACUACAUCGUCAACGAGCCUCCCCCCAAGCUGCCUCAUGGAGUAUUCACAUCUGAUUUCCAGGACUUUGUGACCAGAUGUCUCAUCAAGAACCCAGCAGACCGGGCGGACCUGAAGAUGCUGAUGAACCACACUUUUAUCAAGCGCUCGGAGGUAGAGGAGAUGGACUUCGCUGGCUGGCUCUGUAAAACCAUGGGGCUGAACCAACCCAGCACUCCCACACGCACUGCAGACUAAGCACACACUCAAACAGACAUGCAGCGGCCUGAACAGACUAAUGGGCACACAUAGACAUGCAGCAUAUAUAGAUAUAUAUCUAUAUCUCUCUCACACACACACGCUUUUCUUGUCAGCCACCUCUCCUCCUUCAGGUGAUCCAAGUAUGAACUGGCCCUAAAGCCUCCAUUCAGUCACUCUUCUCUAACCAUUAGUGCUGAGCGAUUAACAAACAUUUCGUUAAAAAAAUGUUUUUGUGAUUAAACAACUAAUUGAUCGACGCUCUUUUUUCUUUUUUUUUUUUGAGCCUAAAUCACUGUUUCUCACGAGAAAUCAAGUCAAGAACUACUAUGUGGGAUGCUGGGCUGAAGGGAGUUGUAGUUUUCAUUAAGAAAAUAUUAAACCUAGUUCAACGCAGAAACGUGGUAAUUAACUACAAUGACCUUAAUCCGUUGCGUCUGUUUUUUCCGUCUCGGACAGAGACGUAUCAGGGAGGAAGUGGCGAAGCGAGAGGCGUCACUCGCCAAAAUAUGUCCAAAAUAAGCCCAAUGAGUUUCUUUGGGCUUAUUUUGGACCUAAGCUUGUCGCCUGCCUUCGCGCCUUUGGGAUGAUUCCUGUUAUUUGGACGGUGACAUGAGCAUCUCAACAUUAAAUACAGAUCUCUGUACAGAUACACUUUCACGCCUGCUACGUUAUGUACACACUGACUGCAUCAUGAGAGAGGAAUGUACACAACACAAUGACGAGAGGGACAGACGCUGUUAUCUACUUUGAUGAACUAGUCAAAUGUUUUCAGCAGACAGCUCUCCAGUAUAGGCAACAUAGGCAGGCUAGCUAAAUCGGAUGACUAAAACCAGUAGAGUAUAGGGAGGACAUAGAUAACAAUAGAUGACCUGGCAGACUGCUACUGCCAGAGCAGAGAUGAUUACUAUUAUUUUUCAUUCCUUAAAGUCAAGUAAUCCGAUUUAAAAACUAGGUAAUAUACACAACUAAAAUGUUUUAUUUUAUUGGAAUUGACCCUUUUCUAUUGAUGUCUACCCAAUGUGGACCUGACAGACAAUGGAAUAUUUUCAAGGUUUUGGCAAUUGAAUGUUAACUAUUUUAGGCUUUGGAAUUUCUAUUAAAAAACCCUCUAAAAUCA